AUGAAAGGACACUACUAUUAAACCAAAAGGAAAAUCAACACAUCCAGCUAGCUUCUCCGAUCCAAUUAAUUACUAUCACUUGCAGAAACUAAUGAUUAGAUAUAAAAAAAUAAAACUGACUCUUAAUUAUCAAACUCUCACAAAAAAAUAUCAAGAUCGAUAAAUAAUCUUCCGAAGAAGGACCCAACCUUAGACUUAGCCUUUAUGACUGUGACAAAACCAGAUUCGAGGUAUGAUUUUAGCAAGUUUCCUAAUUUGGAAAAAAAAACAGAUGUUCAAAGAGUGAAUUGGUUUACUAAAUAAAAUAAAUAGAUAGAAUAAUAAUAAAAUUUCUUAGAAUUCUUAAAUGCUACAAAGACACAAUCAACUAAAAAUUAGAUUAAGCCUAAGGUUAUUGCUGAACAAAGCAAAAUCGAUGAUAAAAAUGAAUUAAAUUAUUGUGACAAGUAUUUUGUUAUUAAAACUCCAAUCAAACCCAUUUUAAUUAAGCAUAAAAAUACUAGUAAAUAACUAAUAAGUAUGAGCUCAACUAUGAGUAGAAUUAAGAAAAAAGCCUUAAACAGAAACAUGAAUUUAGAAUAAUUUAUUGAAAAAAAUAAUGAAUUACGAAGACAUUGUUAAACUUAAUAAGAACAUCAGUACACCUAAAAUUCUAUUUUGGAAUAAUUACAAAUUAAAAAUAUUCAACAUAUUAAUUUAUAUUCCUCUGUCAAAAGAGGAGUUAAGAAUAACAUUUUGCAUAAUUAAUACAAAAGUGAGAUUAAAGAUCUAAUUGAAUUAGAUGAGGAAUUGACUUCUUAAGAUUAUGAAAUUAUGAAAGAAUUGUAAAAGAAGUCUAUCUUUUAAAACCCGUUCUCUCACCCACAUUAAGAUGAAAUAAAUCAGUUUAAUUCAUACUCCAUUGAUGAAAAUACAAAAGUCAGUGAAAAAAAUGAAAAUGAAUAGCUAUUGAUCAUUUAAAAAAGAAGAAAUAAAGUUAAACGAGUAUUGUUGCAGAUCACUAUAUUUUUGCAUUGGAUGAUGGAACAUAAACUAAAAUAUGAAGAUAUUAUUACUGGAAAUGUAUUUUAAACUAAACCUUACUAAAGUGAAAAGUCUAAGUUAUGUUUUCAAAAAGUAAAAGCAAAUGAUAUUGAAGCUGUCAAUUAAUUUAUAAGACACAAUAAAUUUCUAGUUUUUGAUUAUGAUAAUUUUAAAUUAACAAUGCUUCAUCAUGCAGUUAUUAGAGAUUAUCCUGAAAUGGCAAUCUUAAUUUUAUAAAAUCAUGCGGAAGUCAAUAGUAAAGAUAUUUAAGGCAGAACUCCAUUAUUUUAUGCAAUAAAGGGAAAAUGCAAUUAAUGUGUUUGCAUCCUAUUAUAUUUCAAGGCUUCUCCCUGGGGAAAUGCAAAAAAUACCUAUGAUAAAUAUUUAGAAUUCCUAGAACCAAAAGUUAGAGACUUGUACAAAAAAGCAAAAACAAUCCAUCUUCGUUUGCAAAUACUUAAAGCAUCCAAAAGAGAGCAUUAUUGGUCAUAAUAAAAAUUAAUAUUUACAUAUAAAUGA